GCCGGCAUGGUCCCGCCACCCGGUCCAGCUGGCCCACCUGGAGCGUUUGGCCAUCCCCCUCACCCUGCGCAGGCACCUCCACACGCUGCCGCGCCGCCUGGCGUGCCUGGCAUUCCCGGUGGUGUGCCUGCCGUGCCCGGUGUGCCAGCAGGUGAGGACGCAAAGAAGAAGCAAAAGAAGAAGCACAAGCCAAACCGUCAAGGCGGUGGUGAAAAGUGGUAUGACCCCACGCUUGACGAAUGGGAUCCAAAUGACUUCCGCAUCUUCUGUGGCGACUUGGGCAGCGAGGUUUCGGACGAAGCGCUCGCACGUGCAUUCUCCAAAUACCCUUCCUUUCAAAAGGCCAAGAUUGUGCGUGAUCGAAGCACGCGAAAGCCAAAGGGCUUUGGCUUUGUUAGCUUCAAGGAUGGCAAGGAUUAUCUCAGGGCGCUCAAGGAAAUGAAUGGCAAAUAUGUGGGGAACCGUCCUGUGAAACUCCGCAAGAGCACGUGGAAGGACCGCAAUGUGCCCAAGCAGCAGCGCCACCGAAAGCACAAGGGCAAAGGCAAAGCCAGCAGCUGAUGUGUGCUUUGUGUGUGUGUUGUGUGUUGUGUGUUGUUUGUUUUGUGUGUGUGUGUGUGUGUGUGCGUGUGUGUGUGUGUGUGCGUGUGU